UCUUUCGUGUCCCUUCAUUCUAUUAAUAUUUCGUUGAGCAAAUUCCAAAAUUUCAAAGUAUAUUGUUGGAAAUCACGCGCUCGCGCGCACCUUAUCUCACACGCGAUCAACGCUAAAUUUAGCCGUCAGAGACGGAAUUUGGCCAGUUGCCGAAAAUAGGCCGGUUAUCAAACCGAGAUCGAGAUUCAUCCCCCUCCCGCCCUCUCGUAAUUAACGAUACCAGGCCGAGUGAACGAUUCAUCAGAGGCUACCACCUGCCGCGACUUCUCUACGCGGUCACGGAGAUGCAGCCGUUUUCAGAUUAAAAUAACAGCGCUUCCUUUGAGUACAUCUUUUAUCGAAAUCUAUUGAAGCCAUGAAGAACACGUGAAAAUUAUCAGAACGCAUUUCCGCGGGAAGCUGUGCGGUAAGUCCGCUACAUGAAUGCCAAGGAUGGGUCCUCUUCAAAUCUCGGAAGUUCAAGCGAAGACAAGAAAGACAAGAAAGAAAACGUCGAGAAUGAAGAUGAAAAUCCCGGAGAGGAAGUGGUGACAAAGACGGAUGCGACAGAUUGUGAUACCAAAUCUCUCAAAGAGGAACCAGACUGUCUGGAAAACAAAUGUGAGUCGUCUUUAGAACUGCCUUUAGAACCAACCCUUCACGAGCGAUUCUUGCGUAUUAAGCAAACCGUGAAGGACGCUAUAGCUGCCCAUCAUACUUUUAUGAUUUACGGCAAGUCACGGGUCAUUCGCGAUUGCAUGUUGAAACGAGGAUGGUGUGAGAAGUUUUAUCGCAGGAACAGCGGCGGUGAUCAACAUUUCAACGUUGAUUCUAAUCCAGUGCUUUUACUGGCUGGUAUUGGUGAUCUAAAGGAUCAGCAAAGCGAACGUUUAUUAAUGUCGAGAAUGCUCGCCAAUCACACCGUCGACUUCCUGUGGAAUACUGGGUCCGACUGGCCCGGAUGGCCUGCCCAAGAUAAUAAAACUACUGUGUUCAAUCGAUAUUGUCGAGCUGGCUUUACAUCUAAGGUGGGAUUGUGUUCAAGCGUCAGGCAAAUGCAUUGGUAUUACGAAGCUGGAGUGGCUAACACUUUGUUUCCACGUUGCUACAACAUAUGUCAGAGCGACCAGAUGCACGCUUUCGUCGAGGACUUUCGACUCACAGGCUGUCUGAGUCUCUUAAAAUGGUUGGUGGACAGAGUCAACGCCGAGGACGAAGACGUUGUGCGUUCACCAACCGGCACAGUGCCUCUCAAAGCCCUCGACUUCGCGAUUAAGAGAUGUAGCGAUUAUAUCAGCGCUCAAUCACACGAGGACAUUGAUCAGGAGGGUGAAAAGGUCUGGUCUCAUCAAUGGGAUCAAUUUAUCAGUUGGUAUUAUCAGAUCGUUCGUGAUCAAGCUCUCUUCGUUCGCACUAACGUGCCCUUCAAUAAAUAUAUUCUGGCUUCGAAGCACGUAUUAAAGAAGAUGAGAAAGUAUUGGCCGCAGAUUGACAUGGACGGUGUCAUGAACAUGUGGAUCCUAAAACCUGGGAACAAGAGUCGGGGACGCGGUAUUGUUCUGAUGAACAAGCUGGAGGACGUAGUAGCGAAAGUAAAUCCAACAGGCAAACCGGACACGCGAUAUGUCGUGCAGAAAUAUAUCGAACGGCCGUUACUGAUUCAUAACACAAAAUUCGACAUAAGGCAAUGGUUCAUAGUGACGUGCGCUCAACCUUUAACUCUCUGGAUGUAUAAAGAAAGCUAUCUUCGUUUUUGCUCGCAAAAGUUCAGUCUGGAUGAUUUUCACGAGUCGAUUCACCUGUGCAAUCACGCGAUUCAAUGCAAAUACAAUAACUGUGGCGACAGGGACUCUGCUCUACCCGCGGACAAUAUGUGGGACGCAACAACAUUCAAAGAGUUUCUCAGAUCUCAGGGUCAUGCUGAUGCAUGGGAUGAACAGAUCUAUCCAGGAAUGAAGCAAGGUCUGGUAGGCUCGUUAUUGGCUAGUCAAGAGGCUAUGGAUCGACGGAAAAAUAGUUUCGAAUUGUACGGUGCUGAUUUUAUGGUCAUGGAGGACUUUUCCGUGUGGCUGAUCGAGAUCAAUAGUCAUCCGGACAUGAGCUACUCCACCAGUGUUACUACGCGAUUGUGCCGACAAGUGAUGGAAAAUACCCUUAAAGUCGUAGUAGAUUUUCGAGAAGAUAAAAAUGCGGAUACUGGAGACUUUGAGUUAGCAUAUAAGCAAAGAAUGCCGAGUUGCCAACCGUACUUGGGCGCAGCUCUGUCGCUUCAGGGUACUCGUAUCACCACCUGCGAGAAGAAAUCGAGUCUGUAUCAAGAUUCCAAAUCCAGCUUAGUAGCAAGAUCUCCGAUGACGAAAAAGAAGUCGAUGGUACAUAGCAACAUUGGGCCAGUGAUCGUCGAUCUCAUCGAGGAAUUGGAGAUACAGCUCGACCAAGAGUUGUAUUCUUAUUACAACACCGAUUCGCCUAAAUCGAGAUCAGCACUUCCAGCGACUGCACCAACAAAGCCUUUAAAGGCAAUUUCUGACGAGAAAAUAGAAACUAUGACAAAAAGUACUUCAGCAGGUACAACGUCUAUCAACAAAACGAAAUCACCAACUCCAUCCAAGACUAACGUCCAGAACCACACUAAAUCUUCGAAUAACGGAAAAAGAUCUUCACAUAAAUCGACACGAAAGUUACGCAUGUCCACCAGCACUGCAAACAGCAAACUGGAUACAUCUCCGAGACAAACGUUGAUCUCGAAAAUUAUGGCUCUUCAGGAGCAAUCAGCGAACGAGACGCCGAAAUCGGAGAAACUGUCGAGAAAAAAUGAGGACAAGAUUAUUAAAACCGCCAUGCGAGACGCCGUGAAGAAGUACAAAAGAAACGUGACUGUUCGGCCAGAAGUAUCGCCACUGCCUUCUCUACUUACACCGCCAACUGCGAAAGUCACACCCGUGUCGAAGAGCAAAAGUCGCAGCUUUCCUAAGAAACAAACGCACCAUAAAAAAAAUAAAAUUUUAACCGAUAUCUCCGAUAUGUAUGCUAUCGGUUUAAAUGGUUUACAGCAGAUAGAAAAAUUACUCCGAGUUCCUGCGGAUUUUAUAUGGCAUACGAAUAAGAGACCUACUAUAAGGACGGACAAGACUAUUGUGAAUAAAUUUGCUGGUAGCUAUUUUACAUCCAAGUCGGCGCAAAUGGAGGAAUUUAUACAAGAUUAUUAUAUCACUGCAUGUUUCGGGAUUUUAAAAUGGUUUACGUUACUCGCCAAUUUGGUAGGACCGAAGAAUACCUGGUCCCCGAAUGGAACAAUCCCUAUAACUGUGAUUUCGUUCGCCUUGGAACGCUGUGUAGAAUAUAUAAGCAUUCAAAUACACGAGGACAUAGACCGUACAGAUCACGAAUAUACGCCUCUUUCUACCUGGGAUCAAUUUUUAGAUUGGUAUCAUGAUAUAAUAUACAAGCGCAUUGUAUUGAAAGAAACCGACGAAGUUGACAUAAAUGAGCUUGUAGUAUCUGUGAACGAUAUAGUAAAAGCAAUGAUAAAGUAUCGACCGCAAAGUACGAUCGAUGGUAUAAGAAAUAUAUGGAUUUUAAAACCGGGUGACGACAGUUUAGGACGCGGAAUUGUUUUAAAAAGUUCUUUAGUUGAUAUCCUUGCCAAGGUAAAUCAAGCAGCAAAAGAAAAUAUCGAGUAUGUCGUGCAGAAAUACAUAGAACGCCCACUGCUUGUUCAUAAAACAAAAAUAGACAUCAGGCAAUGGUUUCUAAUAACGAGUACACAACCUCUUGUCGUAUGGAUAUACAAGGAUAUUUUGAUACGAUUUGCCUCAAAAGAUUUCACUCUCAAUGAUUUUCACGAGUCCAUUCAUCUGUGCAACACGACGGUACAGUUGAAGUAUCGAAAGUUACGGAGAUGCAAUUCCGACUUACCUGAGCAACGUCACUGGAAUCUUCAAGACUUCAAGGAUUAUCUUCAAUCGCGCGGUCAAGAAUUGGCUUGGGAAAAGAUUAUUAGGCCAGGAAUAAAACAAAAUCUAAUAGGAGCACUUCUGGCGUCACAGGAUAAUAUGAUAAAUCGUAAAAACAGCUUUCAAUUGUAUGGCGCUGAUUUCGUAGUGGCCGAUGAUUUUUCGGUGUGGCUAUUGGAAAUAAAUACAAACCCACGAUUGCAUCCGCCAAGCAGUGAUGUUACCGCAAAACUCUAUCCGGAAGUUAUUGAAGACGCAAUGAAAAUAAUCUUAGAUCGGCGUAAAAACAAAAAAGCAUAUCAAGGAAAAUUCGAAUGUAUCUACAAGCAACGUAAUCCAUUUUGCGGCGUCAAUAUUUUGGGACAAGGCGCGAGUCUCGGCAUUCGCGGCAAGGGCUUAUUUGUAACGCCGAAAUUACCGACAACAUAAUACAUAACCAUAUAAAGUUACAUUGCCGAAAUUCAUUUGUUAAAAAGUCUAUAUUACAAAGAACUGUCUCAAUUUCUAUUAUAAUCCAUUAAAUAUAACGCAAACAAUUUCAUAUAUUAGUAUACAAA